AUGGAGACACUGUUUGUUCUUGAUCUUUCAGAAAACAGACUUUCUGGCAAAAUUCCUGAUUGUUGGAAAAAUAAAAAAUUCACAGUCUUUAAUCUGGCCUCAAAUAAACUAACAGGAACUAUUCCAAACUCAUUUGGGAAUCUUUCAGGGGGAUGGUUGAAUUUGAGCAACAAUAGUCUCAAUGGAGAGCCUUUUGAAGCCUUGAAAAGCAUGGAAUGGUUGCAAAGUUUGGAUCUUGGUCAGAAUCAACUUUCAGGGAAGAUACCUUCUUGGUGGGUAAUGCAAACUUCUCAUCUUCAAAAUCUGAGAUUGAGGAAGAAUUUGUUCAGUGGUGAUAUUCCAACAUCCAUCUGCGAGCUAUCUUAUUUGAAAAUCUUGGAUCUUGCUGAUAAUAAUUUUUCCGGUUCAAUCCCCCCUUGCAUUGAUCAUUUGAGUGGUAUGGUGCAAAAGCCAACAGAAGAUACAGCACCCAUGGCAAGUCCACCAGCUGCACCACCCGUGGUAGGAAACGAUCAAGAAUUGGAAAAGGAGGGUCUCAAGCAAGUCUUGAAAGGAUAUGAACAAGAUUACACAAAAAAAUUGAAGUAUUUGGUGAACAUAGACUUGUCAAAUAACAGUCUCACUGGAUCAAUCCCUGAUGGCUUAACCUCUCUUUCUGGAUUGAUUGGCUUGAACCUAGCACAUAAUCAUUUGUCAGGAAAAAUCCCAAGCAAAAUACAGCAAAUGAAGUCACUAGAAUCCAUUGACUUUUCCAAUAAUAACCUUUAUGGUCCUAUCCCCACCAGCAUGUCCAACAUGGAUAGUCUAGGCUUCUUAAACUUAUCCAACAAUAAUUUCUCUGGUCCAAUUCCAAGAAAUGAUCAUUUCCUCACUUUUGAUGAACCAUCUUUUGUUGACAAUCCUUAUCUUUGUGGAGAACCCUUAAAGAAUAAAUGUUUUGGUGGUGAUGAGGUACCUUCGAGCAUGGCCCAUGAAAACAACAGUGGGAACGGUGAUAAGAAAGAAAAGGUACUGUUUUACUUUGUCACUGCACUUGGCUUCAUAACAGGAUUUUGGGCAUUCUUUGGAACUCUUCUGUUGAAGAAGAAUUGGAGGCAUGCAUACUUCCAUUACAUGGAUGAGGUUGCGGAUAAGAUGUAUGUAGCAACAAUGGUAAGGGUAGCAAGGCUCCAAAGGUGA